CAGAGAGCCCACGCCAACCAAGCUACUCAACAGUCCACACUCUUUCUUUCUCUCGCGCGUACAUCAAUCAGUUGGUGCAUAAAAUCCUUGAGUAGCAUCAAUCAUCGUUAAGGAAUCACGAUGAGCGACUCGUCGAAAUCGAUCCACGAGGAGCAACAGCUGGAAACUCCUCUGCUCGUCGGAGAUCGUCGUCGUCAUCAUCCUCCUCCUGAGGAUGAUGAUGACGCGACGACCACCACCACGACCACGUGGCAAGCGGAGUUGGUGAGGGAGCUGAAGAGGCAGAUGAAGGUGGCCGGGCCGUUGGUGGUGGUGAGCUUCCUGCAGUACAGCUUGCAGCUGAUAUCGGUCAUGUUCGUCGGAAGGCUGGGUCAGCUGGCUCUCUCCUCCGCUUCCAUGGCGACUUCCUUCGCCGGAGUCACCGGAUUUGGCUUCAUGAUGGGGAUGGGCGGCGCGCUGGAGACACUAUGCGGACAGGCCUACGGAUCGGCCCAACACCACCACCUCCUGGGCCUCCACCUCCAGCGAGCCCUCAUAAUAACGACAAUCCUCUCCAUCCCGAUCUCCCUCCUGUGGGCCUAUACCGCGCGGAUCUUCCUCUUCCUGGGCCAGGACCCGCAGAUCUCGCGCGGGGCCGGCCUCUACGCCCGCAUCCUCAUCCCCAGCAUUUUGCCUUACGGCUUCCUCCAGUGCCAGCUCAGGUUCCUGCAGGCCCAGAACCUGGUCUCCCCCUUGAUCCUCAGCACGGGCCUUGCCACCGUCUUCCACGUGGGCCUCUGUUGGGCCCUCAUUUUCCGGCUCGGGUUCGGCAACGAAGGGGCCGCGCUCUCAGUCGCGGUUUCGUACUGGGUCAACGUCGUCGUUUUGGGGAUCUACAUUGGGUUCUCGCCUAGUUGUCGGAUGACGUGGACUGGCUUCUCCUGGGAUGGGGUUAGGGGUCUUUGUGGGUUUCUCAGGCUUGGUGUCCCCUCUGCUCUCAUGGUCUGCCUGGAGUUGUGGUCGUACGAGUUUCUAGUGUUCAUGUCAGGACUCCUCCCCAAUCCCAUGCUCGAAACGUCCAUGAUGUCGCUCAGCAUAAGCACCACGUCGGUAGCAUUCAGGAUUUCCUUCGGACUCGGCAGUGCAGUCAGCACCAGGGUGUCAAAUGAGCUGGGUGCUGGGCGGCAAAACGCGGCUCUGGUGGCAGUGAGGGCGGGAACUUUCCUGUCAAUGGCGCAGGGCCUCUGCCUCAGCCUCAUUCUGAUCUCGGUGCGCGACGUCUGGGGUUUCCUCUACACCAACGACCAACAAUUGGCCGCCUACAUGGCCAGAGUCAUCCCUGUACUCGCCCUCUCCAACUUCAUGGACGCAAUGCAGGCCGUUUUCUCAGGUGUUGCGAGAGGGUGCGGGUGGCAGGUGAUCGGAACUUAUGUUAACCUGGGAGCUUACUACCUGGCCGGCCUCCCUGCAGCCAUGGUUUUGGCCUUCGUUUUCGGUUUCCGCGGAAUGGGUUUGUGGAUGGGUAUCAUUUGCGGGAGUUCUUUACAAGCCUGUCUGCUAUUCGCCAUUACCAUGAACACAAACUGGGGAAAACAAGUAAAGAAGGCCAAAGAGAGGCUGUACGCUUCAAGUUAUUUGUCAACAGAGACGACUGGUGCAGCGACAAUACCUUAAUCCAUCCAUUCAUUCCCCUCCUGCAAGGGAAGCCCAAACUAAUUAACUCACAGUCACAGGAGUAAAGUACAUACACAUGGUGUACUGCAGUGUUGUUCCAUUCAAGAGUGAACUCCUAAAAAUGGUGUUACAAUGAAGAAAAACGAAGUAAUAAUAAAGGGGUUUUAUGGCU